GGCAGCGUGGGGGCGGCGCCUCACGUCCUGUACAGUCAUCCCAAUCCUCUUCGGCGGGACUGUGAUGGCCGGAGAGAUGACGAUCUUAGGAUCAGCUGUUUUGACUCUCCUAUUGGCUGGCUAUUUGGCACAACAGUAUUUACCAUUGCCUACUCCUAAAGUGAUUGGCAUUGACCUUGGUACCACCUACUGUUCAGUCGGGGUGUUUUUUCCUGGUACAGGAAAAGUAAAGGUCAUUCCAGAUGAAAAUGGGCACAUCAGCAUACCCAGCAUGGUGUCCUUCACUGACGACGAUGUUUAUGUGGGGUAUGAAAGCUUAGAGCUGGCGGAUUCAAAUCCUCAGAACACCAUAUAUGAUGCUAAAAGAUUCAUAGGCAAGAUUUUUACCCCAGAAGAGCUAGAGGCUGAAAUUGGCAGAUACCCUUUUAAGGUUUUAAACAAAAAUGGAAUGGUUGAGUUUUCUGUGACAAGUAAUGAGACCAUCACCGUUUCCCCAGAAUAUGUGGGCUCUAGACUGUUGUUGAAGUUAAAGGAAAUGGCAGAGGAAUACCUUGGAAUGCCAGUUGCCAAUGCUGUUAUUUCUGUACCAGCAGAAUUUGAUCUAAAACAAAGAAAUUCAACAAUUGAAGCUGCUAACCUUGCAGGACUGAAGAUCUUAAGAGUAAUAAAUGAACCUACAGCAGCAGCUAUGGCCUAUGGCCUCCACAAAGCAGACGUCUUUCACGUCUUGGUAAUAGAUCUGGGCGGAGGAACUCUAGAUGUGUCAUUGCUGAAUAAACAAGGAGGAAUGUUUCUGACCCGAGCAAUGUCUGGAAACAAUAAGCUUGGAGGACAAGACUUCAAUCAGAGAUUGCUUCAGUACUUAUAUAAACAGAUCUAUCAAACAUAUGGCUUCCUACCAUCUAGGAAAGAGGAAAUCCACAGAUUGAGACAAGCUGUGGAAAUGGUCAAAUUAAAUCUGACUCUUCAUCAGUCUGCUCAGCUCUCAGUAUUACUAACAGUGGAGGAAAAGGACAGGAAGGAACCUCAGAGUAGUGACACUGAACUGCAGAAGGACAGACUUUCCCCAGCAGAUGGCCACCAGGUGAAGAGCACUGGAGAUAGCCUUUCUGAAAAGAAAAAUGGAGAAAGUCAGGUUUUGUUUGAAACAGAAAUAUCACGGAAGCUCUUUGACACCCUUAAUGAAGAUCUUUUCCAGAAAAUCCUCGUACCCAUUCACCAAGUGUUAAAAGAAGGCCACCUGGGAAAGACUGAGAUUGACGAGGUGGUUUUGGUUGGGGGCUCAACUCGUAUUCCUCGAAUCCGCCAGGUCAUUCAAGAGUUCUUUGGAAAGGAUCCCAACACGUCUGUAGACCCUGACCUGGCAGUGGUGACAGGAGUGGCUAUCCAAGCAGGGAUUGAUGGCGGCUCUUGGCCUCUGCAAGUCAGUGCUUUAGAAAUUCCCAAUAAGCAUUUACAGAAGACCAACUUCAACUGAAUUAUGAAGGAAUGGUUAUUUGUGACCUUGUCUGAUGAUCUCUUCCCCUUUAUCAGACCAUCUCCACCUAAUAAAUUCUCCAAAUAUCUCGCAAAUUUACCUAAAAGAUAACACUUAGAUAUAUGAAAUUUUAUGUAAUAUUUUGUUUUAGGAUUGAAUAUGACCAAAUUGAUCUUGUUUGGUUUUGGAGAGCUCCCAUUCCAACAAAUACUUCUAAAGUGAUAGAACUGAGGUAAAGCUCUUCUGGGAGCACAGGUGGCUGUAUUUUGGAUUCUGGAAAUAGAUAACCAUAUAACCAUAUGCACUUAAAAUUAUAUUCUGUAAACAUUGCCUAGUGCCAAUUACAGCAUUCCCAGUUCUUACUAAAUUGUAUUGACAGGAGCUGAUAAUUUAUACCUUUGGUUAUGACAUGUAACUCUGAAUUUGAACUAUACUUGAAGGACAGUGUUGAUGGCAGGUACUUACAUUGGGUGGGAGAGAGCAGUAUUUAUUGUUACUUUAAGCUGCAUAUAUAAUAUUCAUAACUGCCAUAUUAUAUAACAAAACGACUUUCACAAAUUCAGUAUCCCAUUAUGUGUCCUAUUCACAUAACCUACAUUCUCCAGAUUUUUAAAAUAUAUUUAUUGGACCAAUUUAUUUUGUUUCUGAAAUAGCUACAGAUUUAUUCAAAUAUUUCAACACCAGACAGUAGAAAUGCCUAACUUAUAUUUUAGUUCCUUCAUCUGCUUGCAUCUUCUCUGCUUGGAUUUCCAUGAUUCUGCCUGUUUAGAAAACAAUAGCAAAUUAUUAAUUGCAUUUUAGAAAUGUGUUGAUGUCACAAUAAAGCCGUCAUUACUACCAAUUUUUUGUUAUUUAAGACCUUUGCGGACAUUGAUAAACAGCAGUAAUCAGCUACAAUAUAUUUAUUUCUUUUACAUUUUUGUUUCAUUGUUUGUUUUCAGUAAACCGUAGAGAAUUUAGCUGGCAUUUGAUUCAGUUUUACUGAGUUUUUUUCCCCAUACUUAGUUUUAAAUGAGGAAAUUGUACUCAUUUAUAAAUACCUUCCUUGUUUCCUACCAUCAAUUAAAAAUAGUUACAGACUUGGGCUAUUUUUAGCCUUAAGGUUAGUGUGUCAUGAGAGCAGAAAAUUUGUGAAUACUGGAAGUAACGUGGAAAUCUAAUGUGGAAUGCAAUGUGAAAAAAAGGUCCACAAAUCAGCUUGGUAGCAGUUUUGUGUUUUGGUUUGUUUCCUUUUAGGAAAGCUACAAAAACCAAGAAAGAAAAUGAAGCAGUUUUAUUUCUGUGAUGCCCCUGUUAUUUAAAGCUUUUUUUUUUCUAUAAUAGAGGCAUAUUUCCUAUCAAUAUUCAAAAAUUAUACUCUGGUCAACAUUUUUGUUAGUAUAAAAUAUAUCUGCUUUAUCCAUUGUUGAGUUUGAAAGGAUGUUAAAUUUCCAAUCAAAGAAAAGGAAAAGUGAACAAAGUGAUUUCAGCAACAUCAAAACAUUUCAGCUUCUCAUAUAAAAAGCUGAGUGGUUUUUGCAGAUCUAAAGAAUGUUUCUUAGUAAUGAAAUUGCUGUUAAAAGAAUUUUAAUCAAAUACUUUUGUGUAUGAAAAUACGUGUAGUAGGUAGAUAUUAAAAUAUAGAAUGUCUGUUGACAUGUUUUAUUUUAGAACUAAUGGAGAAAUGCCAAAGAGGAAUCCUUCACUGCAUUAUGAAAAUAUUCAGGUGUUCUCUUGGACGUCAUAGAAAUCUUCAAUAAGUUUCAGAAUAGAAAAAGAUCUUUUUGCAAAGGUCUUUAAGAGAAAAGUAUUCAAUUUUUCAAAAUCUCCAUAUAUAGUAUCAGUUUUAACCUAAAGCAUUUUAAGAUUUUUUAAAGUUUGAAUUUCUCAAGUAUAAGGUAGUUCAGGACAAUCUAUUAACACUUUAGAGGAAACAAUUUGCAAAACAGGGCAGCUAAUCUCAUACACUAAAAUUGGAAUUUAAGUAAUUGUGUCUAAAAAAUAGAUUGGCAGUGUUGGAAUUUGAAGGCAAUUGUUUAGCAUAUUCUCUAGUAUAGUUACACCUUUAAAAAAAUGAAGUAAAGUCUGUCUUUAAUUAUAUUUUAGGGGGCUAUAUAAAUGUAUAUAUAGUCUUGAAAUCAGUGUAGUUUAUUUAUUUAAAAGGUAAAAAUGCAUCCUACAAGGGAUUAUGUAUGCAUAAUAAUCUGAAAACAUUUUUCAUAAAACAAACAAUACAUUUUGGUUGUACAUCUUGCUAGUGUUUUUUGAAGUACAUAACUUUUAAAAUAUUAACUGUCUUGUAUGAUUAGUAUAUGUGAAUGAAUAAUUUAUUUUGUGUCAGGGGUGUUUUGGUACUUACUGUGUUUUGACUUGAACCACUGAUGUAUCAGCAGAUAACUACUGUGUAUAACAUGUUCUGAAGAUCAUAGUUAUUGUGCUUAACAGAUUGUGCCUCUUAAAUUUGUGUGUACAGGUAAUUCACCUUUUAAUGUAAAUAAAUACGACUUUGCAGUUUGGUUUUUAAA